AUGUUUCAAGUCACACAUGAAGGUCUAUGAUUCCUUGUAUGAUCCACAAGCUGACUAUUCAUUGUUCUUUAAAGAGAAAAUCAAAGAAGAGAAACAGAAGGAUAUGUCCCAGGGUCUGUUGACAUUCCGGGAUGUGGCUGUGAACUUCUCUCAGGAGGAGUGGGAAUACCUGGAUUCUGUUCAGAGGGCUUUGUACAUUGAUGUGAUGUUGGAGAAUUACAGCAACCUGGUCUCUGUGGAGAACUACUCUAUAUGUGAUACAUUCCAUCAACAUGUGAAGACUGAAAAAGAGUCUUGUCAGUAUAAUGAGCUUGGCAAAAUGCCUCAUGAUCCCUCCAACUGUGAACUUUAUAAAAGAGGUGACACUACAGAAACCUCUAAUAACUACAGAUGCUGCAAGGACAAGGAUGCCUCUGUUGACUCAUCACACCCAGAUAGACACAAAAGAAUGCAUACUGGAGAAGACCCUUGCCAAUCUAGAGACUGUGAGAAAUCUUUCAAUUUAUGUUACAACAUUAGCCAAGAUCAGAGGCUCUACACUGCAAAGAAAGAACACAAGCAGGAGGAAUAUGAUGACCAUUUCAGCUCUACACACAGUCUCAUGCAACAAACAAUCUAUAUUAGAGAGAAACCGUAUCAGUGUAGACAUUGCAGUAAAUACUUCAGUACCGCCUCAAGCUUCAGCAUACAUAAGAAAAUUCAUACUGGUGAGAAACCCUACAACUGCAAUGUUUGUGAAAAAUCCUUUAACAAGUGUACAAAUCUUAAAACACAUCAAAGGCUUCAUACUGGAGAGAAACCUUACAAAUGCAAAGAAUGUGAAAAGUCGUUUGUGCAGGUAUCUGCACUUAAAAGCCAUCAGAGAAGGCAUACUGGAGAGAAGCCUUACAAAUGUAAGGAGUGUGACAGAUCCUUUGCCCACUGUGCAUCAUUAAGAUGGCAUCAGAAAAUUCAUCCUCCUGAGGCACAUUAUGAAUGCAAAGAAUGUGGUAAGUCCUUUUUUGAAUUAUCAUGCCUUAAAAGGCAUUGCAGAAUCCACACUGGUGAAAAGCCUUACAAAUGUGAAGUAUGUGAUAAAUCUUUUACUAUAAAUUCAACUCUUAAAACUCAUCAGAAAAUUCAUACUGGAGAGAAACCUUACAAAUGUGGAGAAUGUGACAAGUCUUUUACCAAGUGCUCACAUCUUCAAAGACAUCAGAGUGUUCAUAGCCAAGAGAGACCUUACAAAUGUACGGAAUGUGGGAAAUCUUUUACUAAGUGCUCAACUCUUCAAACACAUCAGAAAGUUCAUAAUGUAGAGAAACCUUACACAUGUAUGGAAUGUGAAAAAUCCUUUACCCAGGUCUCACAUCUUAGAACAUAUCAACGAGUUCAUACUGGAGAGAGACCUUACAGAUGUAAGGAAUGUGACAAAUCUUUUCGUGACAGCUCAACACUUAGAGUCCAUCAGAAAAUACAUUCUGGAGAGAAACCUUAUAAAUGUUUGGAAUGUGGCAAAUCCUUUACUUGGCACCCACAUCUAAGAAGACAUCAGAGAGUUCAUACUGGAGAGAAACCUUACAAGUGCAAAGAUUGUGAUAAAUGCUUUCUCUGGAUUUCUAGUCUUCGAAUACAUCAGAAAAUUCAUGAUGGAAAGAGACCUUAUAAAUGUAAGGAAUGUGGCAAAUCUUUUAUCUGGUACUCAAAUCUUAGAGUCCAUCAGAAAAUUCAUACUGCAGAGAAACCUUACAAAUGUAUGGAAUGUGACAAAUCUUUUACUAGAGCCUCAACUCUUAGAGCACAUCAGAAAAUUCAUACUGGAGAGAAACUAUAUAAAUGUAGGGAAUGUGACAAAUCUUUUACCAAAUGCUCACAUCUUAGAAUACAUCAGAUUGUUCAUACUAGAGAAAGACCUUACAAAUGUAUGGAUUGCGACAAAUCUUUUCCUACGGGCUCAAGUCUUAGAGCACAUCAGAAAAUUCAUACUGGAGAGAAACCUUACAAAAGCAAAGACUGUGAUAUAUCUUUUCCCCAGGCCUCACGCAUGAGAACACAUCAGAGAGUUCAUACCAGAGAGAGACCUUACAGAUGUAAGGAAUGUGGCAAAUCCUUUACUCAAUACUCAACUCUAAGAGACCAUCAGAAAAUUCAUACUGGAGAGAAACCUUACAAAUGCAAAGACUGUGACAUGUCUUUUGUGUGGAUUUCAAAUCUCGGAAGACAUCAGAAAAUUCAUACUGGAGAGAAACCUUAAUGUAAGGAAUGUAACAAAUCUUUUAGUAGGUGCUCAUAUCUUAGAGACCAUCAGAAAAUUCAUACUGGAGAAAAACAUAUCAUUGUAAAUAAUGUAACAUAACAUUUAUCUGGUAGUCCCUGCUUACAAAUCACAACAGGAAACAUAAUAGAAAUAUGAAGCUAACAAGCUUAUGAAGACUUAAAUUUCACAAAAUGUAUCAGAGUUCAUAUCAAAAUAAAUUCUGUAAAUGUAA